GUCAUGUUCUUCUUUGUUUUCCAGGUUUAGAGUGAUGCAGCAGAGGUUGUGUUCCAGAGGCUCUGGUUCUUUCUUUUUGGAGAGGAACGGCCAGGCCUGUGGCGCCAUCUCCAUCACUUCCCGUGACCUCCCCUUCCGUUGCCCCCGCUGCGGUGAGCAGGAGCGUUUCGGCAGCCUGGCCUCACUCCGUGCGCACCUGGAGUACCGCCACUCAUACCGCUCGCCGGACGUGACCGCCGGUGGUUUCAGCAUCACCGGCAAACUCCCGGACCCAUUGACUGCUGCGAUACCCUGGUACGACAUGAGCCUCCCGACCCGCAGGGGGCAGCAGAGCACGGGGAGGCCGCCUCACGCCCGCUCCCUUAGUGACAGCAGAGACAGCGGAUACCUCCACUCCUACGGCUCUGCGAGGAGACGCACACAGAGUGUCGGGGUGGGUACUCAGGCUGAUGAAGAAGACGAGGAUGAGGAAGACGACCAGGAAGUCGGGACGGAGGAUGAAGAUGCUGAAGAAGAGGAGGAUGAGGACAAUGAAGGUGAAGAAAGACAUGGUGGGAGAAAUGAAAUGGAUGUCAAAAUGUCUGACAAAAAGACAGAGGCAGGUCACCAUCACCUGAACCACCAUCACUUCCUGUUCCCUGCUCCUGCUCCUCUUGGCCCCCCUCCAGACCCGGACCUGGACCUAGACCUGGAGCUGGUUGAGCAGAACUCAUACACCGGCUUGGAGACGGCAGCAGCCUCGGCCGCAGUUCAACGGCGACUGGCCAGGAUCCUGAGGGCGGCCGACAGCACCAUGCAGCGCCGACUGGCCAAAGUGAGCACAGAGCUCGCCCAGACGGACACGGAGCUCCUGUGUGAGCGAGCUCACUCACAGCACCUGGCCCAGGAGAGACAGGAAGUGGCUGACAGGGAGAGGUCACUGAGCCGGCAGGUGGACGUGGCUGUCAUGGUGAUCGCCGCGUUGAGGGAACAGCUAAAUGCCUCAGAGAACGAGUUGGAACGCCGAGAAAGAGAGGUGAUAACCAUACAAAAGUUUCUGGAAGCGGCAGCUCGACAGGAGACUUGCGGGAAAGUUCGAAUCCAGCAAUUCAUCGAGAACCUGCUGCGACGCAUCGCUCUGGCCGAGAGACUUGUGGAGUAUUACCAGGUCAACGGCAGCCUGCAACAGUGCAACCACUACAAGUACCAGCAGCCGACUGAUAAUGGACCUCACAGAAUCACUAAAAGCAGGUCGGCGGGAGGUCAGCUGUCCUCGUCUGGUCUCCAUGACAACAGAUCCCACUCCUCACACUUUGGUGGCUGUCCGCCGUUCUCCAAACCCUGUGGGGAACGCGACAGGGAGCGAGAGCACCGGGAGCGGCUCGCCCAGUCAUCCAGGCUGUUCUGCCGACCCGAACACAGAGACGACAUCUGGAACCACCAGCGGCGCCGCUCAGCCGGGUACGAGGCGUAGAACUGUGGAGAAGCACCAGAGGAGAGGGGGUGUCAGCGGGUAAAACUAUAUUCAACAACCACUAUUAUUUCAGUGUGUUAACCUGUGGAAAAGAAAUAUUAGGUCACAUUUACAUCGAGCUUCUCUGGGGUAAUCAAUCUCAGCUCUGAGAGGGUUCCUCCUCCAGUAAAAACAAUUGUUAAUAUCAAGAAAAUUACCACAAUAAGUACAAUUUAAUCUGGAUGAGAAGAGGACAGAUGGAAUUUUUCUGCUUAAAUAACUACAAAAUCCCUCACCUGGCAGGACGGCAAUAUAAAAGCAAUUUCUGAGCCAUAGUGAUGUUUUUUAAAUAACCUUUUGUAAAUUCAUGGAAGGUUAUAACUUCAACGGGGAUAUGAAAUCCAAUCAAGUAUCUUAUUUAGACAUGAAAUUGUAUGCACCUCGGCAAAAUUUCAGAAAUCUUCUCAUGUCUCAAUGUUCACCAAUGGAACAAAAACAACUUUAUCAGGACUUAAAAAAUACAACACAUUUUAAAGUAAAACAUGUUCCUUUUUUCAAGUCCCAGGACAAAAAUAUGUAUAUUAUACACUGCUCGAAUCAUUAAAGGAUUACUGAACACUGAACAGAGAUCCAUUUCUCACCACUUAAAGCACAUUUUUAUGUUAGUUAACAGUAAGGAACAGGACAGCUCUGCGCAUGUCAAAAGUUUAUUCUGAUUAAAUGCUUGAUGCAUGUAUACGCACAGCAAACCUUCUGGCAGCCACAUGUAUAGAUGUACUAGAGGUUGGCGGGGCAUCAUGGGAGUGAUUCUCUCUGUUGACCGUAGUCAAGACGAACGAGUGAAACCAACCUGAGGAAGAGAAUAUGUUCACCGACGAGACAUCCAAGUAUAAUUUACAUGACGUUUUUUUAUCACAGCAGCACAUACAGCAACAGUACGGCAGCUUUCAGUAGCAGCUCCCGCUGCCUUGUGCAGCUGUCUUUGAUGUAGCAUCCGGUGCUUCCACGGCAACUAUAAACAUUCUGUCUGUCAUGGCGGCUCAUCAUGGCGGGCGCCAGAACAAGACACGUCCCAUUACUAUUUAGAUAUUUUAGUGUGAACAAAAAUUCUACAUAUUACACCUUUAAGUGUUCCUUUAAUUGUAUUGAGCAGUGUAUUUUCAUUCAUACAUGAAAUAAUGUAACAUAACGUCAACUGAUUUGGAUAAAUACAGAAAAAAUAUUGAAUUUUUUUAAUUCAGUUUCAGGCUGAGGACAUAACAUACAUCGUAACAGGGUCAAAUAAGAAAAUGCAAUAAGUGAUAUUACUGCAUGUCACAUUAUCAUGCCAUCGUGGUCACGAACACUCUAGUUGAUAUUGAGAUUUUUUUAUUGCCAACACUUUGUUUAGCAGAUGCACUUUUCCACAGAUUUUUAUACUGAAUGAAACCAUUUUAAAGUGUUACACUGGGUGUACGUGUAGGUAAAUGUUCAGUAUUCAAACUUCUCUCAUGUCUCAGCACAAAUCAUUUUGUCCAUUACAACAUCAUCUCUCAGUCUAUAGUGAUGCUCUCUGUCUGAUUCCUCUCCUGUGUACUUCAAGGAAAUUUCAGGUAAAUAUGUACUUUUAUAGUCAUCUUCUUAUUUCAGUUUGAAGUACUGUUGAGGUCCGAUAAUGACAAAAAAAAUGGUUUAAAUGAUUUUGAUCCUUGUGAAUCCAACAGAACAAGGGGUGAACAGAUCCCAGUGAUGUUUCUGACACUUCCUCUCCUCUGGUUGAACCUUUACAUCCCGGUCUGGUUCUCAGAAAAUACUCCCGAGCAGUCCAGUCAUCCAAACUGUGUCUGUGCUUUGAAGGCCAACGCUUACCCCUCACUCCUCCACAGCUCCUCCUUCUCGACCAAUUAUGGCCACUCCUUUAAAGUAUACAAUAAGUCAUAAUGUCACAUGAGAACAGACUGAGUAGCUCUUAUGUUAUACUGUAUAUAGAAUUGUUAAUAUUCUCUUCUUUAGUGGAGCGUUUUUUGUAAUGAAGAUGUCGUCAUGUAGCCCCCUUGCAGCCCUGAAGUGGUUUGUAAAGCACAGACACGAGUUUGAUGGCAGCAGACCUGGGUCAAAUAAACUCUGCAUGUCAUUCUUGGCAUUUAUUGAAAGAGGCUUCAUGGUUCAGAGCUUUGGGACCUAUUCACAUGCUGUCUAGGACUGAACGUCGAGUAAAACAUGAGAUAUGUUGACUGGAAAAUCCUAGAUUGUGAUUUGAUGGAUUGUGAUUUGAUGGAUUCUGGCAGUCUUGGUUCAGUAGCCGAUCACCAACCAAUACUGCUACCAACGAGGAAUUAAACCAGAUACUUAGCAGAGCCGGUACAAUAUCUUCUAUAGUUUUAUAUAUCUUCAACAAGACAAGAAGAGGAUCAUCAAUUGCACGCUGUCCAGUAUUUGUUGGCAGAGCUUUGCACAAUAAAUAAAUGCACAGUUAGACGGAGAAAACAUACACCUUCAAACAACUACAAAGCUAUCUGGAUGAAUAUAUAUUAUACAAAUGUCCCUUAAACUGUAUGUGUGGAUAUAUUUACAGAACUGAAGUUAUUUCAUUUGGAGAAACCAGAAGCUUGUUUUUGAGGCAGAUGCAGAUCCAGUGUAAAGACGAACGGGUUCCUCUUGUAGUUUGCCCUUAAACUUCCUGACAAACAAACAGCUGCGAUCCAAACAAAAUGCAGAAUGAAAGUAAGACAUGUUUGCUGUCAUCUGGAAGCUGAUUUUUUUUUUUUCCAUCACUGUUGAUGGAGCUUUACACAGUUUUCCGUGCUUCUCGUCUUAGAAAACGGAAUCUUGACUCUUCGCUGUAUUGCCUGAUUAAAAAAAGAAGCCUUGAAACAUGCAGGGUAAGGGUUCGCCCCAGGUCUGUAGGACCCCAAACAUAUAACGAAUGUACACCGAGUUAAUGUAUAGCUCACACUGAAGAGGUGCCGUGUUCAAAGACCAGACGUUUGACUCGACUUUGAACCGGCGCUCAUUCACACAGAAACGGGUGGAGAUACUCCGAUCACUAAAUGAAUGACGUUGCAUCAGCGCUUUCAUCCAAAGUGGCUUACAGUGCCGUGAAUGCAAACAGUUCACUUUGCAGUAAAACUAAACAGCUCAUGAAAGCUUGUUUAGUCAUUCCUUCCUCUAUAACCAUCAUGUACCAUCUCUGUUUACACGUCAUCUUUGCACUCAUCCAAUGAUAAGAAUGUAAAUGUAAAAGACAGUAUUUGGUGUAAAAUGUAUCUUUGCUGUCGUUGGUUUAGGUUUUGUCGACAGUGUUAAUAGAUAUUUUGUAUACAAAGCUAUAUGUAUCGUCAAGUGGAAGUAGUAGUCUUUCAGUACUUAAACUUGGCAAAACAUUGAUCUUGGUCAGACAAAAUCUUUUUCUGUGUUCAAUGAGGUGUCUUCAGGUUCUGGAAAGAUCUUAGAAAUCCCUGAAUAAAUCAUAUAGACUUUUCAAGGAUUUGCCUUGAACAUGGGUAAACUGAAGAAACGUCUGUGUAUAGUUUUCAUGCAUCAUGGUGUACUGCUUCUCUUCGGAUGGGUCACCGUGAUUCUUUACUUUCUCCUCUAGCUGUAGUUCUUCUAAAAGCUAUUCUAAUUGGCGUUAAUAAGGUAAAGCAAACUCUUAAAUCUUUGUAAAUAGAGCUUGCAGGCAACCUUAUCAAUGACCUGACCAGCAGUUUUGUCCCCCGAUGAUUUCACCCCAUUCUGUUGGAAGUUGCCAAUUUGUUCAGCCAAAUUGUUUUCUAUCAGUUUAAUUAACAAAUAAUGUCUGAACUAUAACUGUACCAACAACAUCCUACAUUACAUGGAUUAUAUAUGUAUUCUGCUUUACAGCCUGGAAAGUAUUAGGGGUUCCUAUUUUUAAUGGCUUCACGUUCCCUGACAGUACCGAGCGUAAGCUUGAAUUUUUUGUCAUUUACUUUCCCCUGCUUCUUUCCACACACUAAAGCCUGAUCCUGAAAUUUAUGUUGGAUGAUUUUGCACUUUGUGAGGUUCUGUGCCGAUGAUCAGGAGUCAAUUGCCACUGCUGCUGUAAACUAAAAACCCCAUUUCUCUUUGAUUUUCAGUUGCUUAAAAAUAUCAACCAUCGUAUGUACAGGACAUCUACUUUCAUCAAAUAGUAAAUGACACAUAUACGUAUACCGUAAAAUAUGGAAUAUAAAUCACACCGAUGUAUAAGACGCAGCCCACGUUGGAAAAUAGGUAUUAAAAGUGUCUUACAUACCGUAAGACACUUUUAAUAAACUUUUAAUAAACUUUUAAAGCUAUUGUGAGGAGUUUUCAGUUUGGGUUGAUUUUGGUGCCCCCCUGUGGACAAAGUGGUACCUCUUAUCGUUUUACUUAUUUUGUCCAAGACUCGGUUUUUCUGAUUUUUUUUUAUAAAACUCCUUGGAGUGUCUGUAAGUAAUUCAAAUAUUCAUGUGUGAUCUGUGGUGCUCAGAAAACUACAAAUUUAGACUUCUAGUUGAGCUUUUUGUUUUUCUGACGUUGAAAGGAUCCAUGGAAGGUUUUUGGUCACGCACCAUGCACACAUGUAAAAAGCAGAUUAGAAACCAGUUGUUCAUAUACAUGAGAGAACCAUUUAGUUAUACACAAAAUAUCAAGCUUCUCAGAUCCCUGUCUUCAUUAUUGCUGAAACAUUGUUUUAAGUUUUCAUGACAUUCAAUGGGCCGGUGUGUAUUUAGGAGAAACCAUUGGAAACAUUGGGAUAUCAUCCACAUGAGUAAAACGAGGGUGUUAAACUUGUUAGGCAUACACUUUGGAGUUCUACACUUUGAGAAAAUUACAAAAUGAUACUCACCCAUAGGCCGCCAUUGUUGAGUACACAGUGCAUUCUGGGAAGUGAUCACAUGCUUGCAUCGUUCUUUUCCCCCAUACUCUUUCCUAGAGGUGGGGGAAAAAAUCGAUUUAUGUAAUAAUCGAGAUUCUUAUCCUCUGAGAUUUGAAAUAGAUUCCUGACUUCCAAAAAUCUUUGGGUUUUUUUUAAACACCUUAUGUCUCGCCAUCCGCACUUCGUUGGCUCUGUAGAGGAAGCUACUGGCUAGUCAGUCACUCACUGCUAAGUGCUAAGGCUAGCUCUUUAACUCAGUAGAAAGCCAAAUGCAGCAACAAUAAAUUCAGCCAGUCUCACAGAUGACUGGAGUAGAUCCUGAAAAAUGUACUAAUUAAAAAAACAGACUUUGAAUCAUGAAUCCAGAAUCGUUUUGAAUCGAAAAUAGAUUCUGAAUCGAAUCAUGACCCCAAGAAUCAAAAUCGAAUCGUGAGACACCCAAAGAUUCCCAGCCGUACUCUUUCCCUCCGUGAGUGUUCUGUAUCACAGUAUUUACAACAAUAGCAACCUAUGAAUGAAAUCCUUUUUUACCAAUCGUCUCAAGUGUAGAAAUGCAUUGUGGUAAUCCUAUAAGGUCAACAUGUCUUAAUAUGCAAGGUUCCCUUUAGGUUUCUACACCUCACCACUAGAACGUAUUCAUCUCUACACACUGCUCCUUUAAGGAGGGCAUGUGCAUGCAUACUUUUGGUCAUUGUCAAAUGUUAUUAAAGAACACAUGUUUCAUAAAUCUGUCGGGAAAAACUCCCUGAAACAAGAGUUGUGGGGUUUUUAUGCAAACAGCAGCUUAAUUCUCGCCAGUGUGCGUGCAGAGGAAUGUGUGCACUUUUCCCUGUGGUGUGUCUCUGGCUCACUGAAGAGAUGGUGGAAGAUGCAUGAGGAAGCCCCACUACUACUAUUACAUAUGUAGCUAUUGUGUGAUUGUUACAGCAUGCUUCAUAUGUAGCAAAAAGUACUUAUAAAAUACUGUUAUCUUGUACUAUGUGUACUUUUGUAGCAGAGCGAGGUCUUUUUUAGUGGUACAGUAUUUGAAGGAAAGUUGCACUAGAACAACCCAGAGCACUUAGCUUGCAGCUGGUGGACUUGAUAUGAGCAGGAGUGUUGUAUACUGGACAAUCAGCAGGUUACAUGCACAGGUUUGGCCGAGUGUGGAAAAUAAACGUAUUACUUCUGUGGUUUGAAAUGCUUUGGGGGAAAAAGUGCAAGAGUUGUGAAACGGAGAGAGAGAGAGAGAAAAAAGCCUGAGAAGAGUGUGAACACAUAACCAAACACGUAUUCCUAUCUGUUAGUUUGAUUCUGACACCACUACCUUUUUCUUGCCGUGAGUCGGUAGAGAUGACGUUAGUUUUUAUGUUGUGUAAAUCUGUUGAUCCGCGCCAAGUUUGAUAUCCUUCAGUCCAUCGCGUUUGUCUGUAGGGAUUUUUUCGUUUUUGAAGAAGUAAUCUCUAGUUUCGUGCCUUCACUCAAAAACUCUGUAGUCUGUACAACACUGUGCAAAAUGCAAUACUGUGAAGAACUGGAAUACUUUUUAUGUUCAGGUCUGUUGGUCUGUGUGAAAACCAUCAACGAUUAAAGAACAAACAUGACAUCAAGA